UGCGACGGUGCCUUUCUUGACACUGUACGCGCAAGUGUUACUAGUCUGCUUCUUUCUAUUUAGAGUUCCUCCCUGAAAGACAAGAAUAUUUAGUCAUCAUGGCUAUGCAAGCAGCAAAACGCGCUAACAUACGACUGCCCCCAGAGGUCAACAGGAUCCUUUACAUCAGGAACCUUCCCUACAAGAUCACAGCGGAGGAAAUGUAUGAUAUCUUUGGAAAGUACGGACCAAUACGUCAAAUCAGAACAGGAAACACACCUGAAACAAGAGGAACAGCCUAUGUGGUUUAUGAAGAUAUUUUUGAUGCCAAAAAUGCAUGUGAUCACUUGUCAGGCUUCAACGUUUGCAACCGCUACCUGGUGGUUCUCUACUACAACGCAAACAGGGCAUUCCAGAAAAUGGACACAAAAAAGAAAGAGGAACAGUUGAAGCUCCUAAAAGAGAAAUAUGGCAUCAACACAGACCCUCCCAAGUAGCAUUCAGAAAACAUCCUUCCUCUUUUUGUCUCAUUGUUGUCUCAAGCUAGAUUUUCCGGCUACAUUUGUGGCAGUCAAGUACUUCCGCAGUUCAUCUUCAUCAUCAUCAUCAUUACAAACAUAAUCUUUUUUCUUAAUUUUUAUUUUGUUAAGUUCUUUUUUAAACAAUUAUAAUUAAAUAUGUGAAAACGUUAAGGUUAGCCUUGUAACUUUAGAAUUAAAGUGCAGGAAUGCUGUUUUGCGUCCUGUGAUAUGGUUUUACCUGUAUUUAGAUUUUAGUUUUUUUUUUUUUUUUUUUUUUUUUUUUUUUUGCAACAUUACAACCUGACUUUUAUGUUUCCCCUGCUUUUUCAACAAUCUUUGACUUUAAAAUAGCCUUGAUUGGAAUAAUUUCUUGCUGUCUGUAAAAUAUAUUUUCUUUCUCUUAAGGCCAUUGUCUCUUCCCUCAUUUACACAUUUUAGAUUUAAUCGCAGUGUAAAUAUUGGCCUUUCUAUUAGCCACUCACAUUAGUAUAUGUAAUAGUUUACACUAAGUAUGCUUAAAAUCCAUCCAUUUUCCCUGCUGACAUUGGAUGAGAGGUGGUGUACACCCUGGACUGGUCCAGCCAAUCUCAGGGCACAGACUGUAUCGACAAAGAACCAUUCACACCUAUGGAGAAUUUAGUUUGUGAGGUAAACAUGGUGACCACUAGGCGGUAUUUUGCAUAACAUCCAAAUUUUAAUCAAGUCAUUAUUAUUAUUAAUCAGUUUAUUUGAAACUCAUGAACUAAUUUAGCUCUUCUUAUUGCAGCCUAUCCCUAAAUUUAGGGAUUGGACCCAACAUCAUGUUUAGAUAACAAUUGGAGUGAAUGUUGUAAGCUAUCGUUGACACAAUUUCUUUUGUUUUUGGGUUAAUGAUUGUAAAAAAAUUGUCUUGUUAUUAUACAGAGCACGUGUCAAUUGUCAUGUAUGUUAAUGUUAUGGCAAUAUGUUAAACAAUUUUGUAAGUCUGGGUCUUGGGAAGGAACCAAAUUUAUAAUUUGUUGACAUUGCACUUCUGUUUUGUAAGAAAAGUAAAAAAAAGACUAUUUCUACAGCAUAGAAUUCUUUGGUGCCAGUUAAAAAAUAUUGACCAAUACUAUCAUUUAUAAUUUUUUUGUGGCUCGUUGAUUGGUUUGUUUUUGUGUUGUAACAAGAGAGGUGAAACAGCCCAUAGAGUUCCU